CUUACCGGCUGUCAUAAUAAACAAUUUUGUCUAAAGAAACUAAAAUUCUAAAAUGUUAUUAAUUAAAAGGACUUGUAGUAAUUUUCAUCGUAUUAAUACAAUACCCAAAACAAAACAGCCAGGAGACACAUUGGGAGUUCGGGGCUGGAUAAAAAAUGUCAGAAAAUUAAAAAAUAACAUCUUUUUGGAUAUAAAUGAUGGCUCAACGGCGGAAAAAUUCCAAAUAGUUUUACCCAAAAAUGAGGCUACAAAAAACAUAACAGCAGGCAGUUUAGUUAAGGCCAUCGGUAAAGUGCAAUUAGCUCCUCAUGGCCAUUAUGAGUUACAUGCCGAAGAAGUUAAUAUGAUAGCUGAUGGCCAUUUGACGGAAGGAUUUCCCUUUUCACCCAAACAACAGCAUGCCCCUGAGUAUGUUCGGGAUUAUUUGCAUUUACGUUCGCGCAAUGAUGUUGUGGCCGCCACUAUGCGUUUGAGGCAUAAAGCUCAAAAAGCUUUGCAUGAUUUUAUGGAUCAUAAUGAUUUUGUGCAAAUUAAUACGCCCGUUUUGACAACAAAUGACUGUGAAGGUGCUGGAGAGGUCUUCACAGUACAUCCCGAUUCCAAAGAACUUUUAAAACAAAUGUCUCGCCCUGGUAUAGAAAUGGAGCACAGUUAUUUCGAUUCCAAAGUUUAUUUAACCGUUUCUGGCCAAUUGCAUUUAGAAUCAAUGUCCUAUGGCUUAGGCAAUACAUAUUGCUUGGGGCCAGCAUUUAGAGCCGAAAAUUGCAAAUCACCUUUACAUUUAUCUGAAUUUUACAUGUUCGAAGCUGAAUUAGUCUAUCUCGAUCAUAUCAAGCAACUUUGUACAUUUAUUGAGCAAAUGCUUAAGCAAACAACUAAACAAUUACUUGAUCAUAAUAGUACGGAUUUGGAGUUUUGUCAGAAAAAGAAUUCGGGAGAAAUUAUGCAAUUCGAUUGGUUGAACAAUGCUUGGCCUAUACUCAGCUAUAAAGAAGCUUUAGAAAUUAUUGUACAAAAUAAAAAGAAAUUCAAAACGGCUAUAACUCCUAGUGAAGGUUUCUCUAAAGAACAGGAACUAUACUUGGUAGAUCACUGUAAAUCACCUGUAUUUGUGGUGAAUUGGCCGGCUGACCAGAAACCAUUUUACAUGAAACAGUCACGAGAAGAUUCUUCCUUGGUGCAUGCUUUAGAUCUACUCAUGCCUACAGUGGGUGAAUUGUGUGGUGGCAGUUUACGUGAAUGUGAUGAAGAAAUCCUAAGAAAUCAUCCUCAGUUGCCACAGGGCUUGGAAUGGUAUUUAGAAUUACGUAAGUUUGGUGGCCUACCAACUGGUGGCUUUGGCAUGGGUUUCGAACGUUAUUUACAAUUGCUGACUGGUGUUAAAAACAUUAGAGAUGUCAUAUCUUUUCCUAGAUAUCCACAUAGUUGUAAAAUGUAAAUUAAUAUUGUGUUAUUUUACUAAUUUUAAGUAAUAAAUUGUUAAACAUAUACAUAUAUAUAA